UGUGCGUGCUGAACAAAGUUGGUUCUCUUCUUGUGCGAAAUUAAGUGCGCUUUCUGUUAUUUUGCUGUUAUUUAAACGUUUAAUUUGUACCGUAUGCCUCCAGUAUCCCGUACUCCGAAUCGAUGUAACGUUGAAAGAAUCUUCUGUCGCGUAUGCACAUUCCACUACAGCAGUCGGUAGAAGAUGAGAAAGACGCGGCAAGCCGCUGAAUUUUCAGAGCUAAAGGAACUGGUACACCAACUGCGUGUCUGCGAUUUACAACAGUUGCUUGGUGAAAAUAAUAUAAGUCGAAGCGGUCGAAAAUCGGACCUGGUGGAUCGUGUGCUAAGUUUAGUUAGACAAAACGUUCCCGUACUCAAGCACCGUGUUCGUGAACUUCAUCGAAAGGCUCAGCAAGAGACUCAGGAACUUCUGACAUCGUCGACUUCUACAGCCGGCAGCAGCGGCGUGAACCAAUCGUUGCUGCCACAGGUCGUACUGCAGUCGGUCGAGAAUAAUUCCCUAGCAGUUCAAACGCUACUCGCUGCUGGUGGACAUCUUAACCUCAACAGUGGUACUAACGGUUCCGUCGGAACCAACGCCGCGAGUAGCAGCAACAGUAGCAACAACAACGUUCACGGUGUGACUAAUACUCGUACGGCAGCGGGAAUGUACCAGCAACAAUACGCCAAUGCCGUCCAGAGUGACAACCGUGUCGGCCAGGUGCAUGCCAAUGGUAUCGGUGUGCCAGCGUACGGCGAUUAUCCGAUCUAUCCUGACGUACAACUCAAAAAGCUGGCCUUUUUCGACGUCAUGGCCACUUUACUGAAGCCGGCCACACUGGUUCCUAGCAACACUACACAGCGUGUGCAAGAAGGUUCCUUUUACUUUCAUCUAACCCCACAGCAAGCAAACGAAAUCGCACUGAACCGCGACAUCAGCAAUCCCAACAAGAUGGAGCACGUUGUACAGGUACAGUUGCGAUUUUGUCUGCUGGAAACGACCUGCGAGCAGGAAGAUUAUUUCCCACCCAAUAUUGCGGUGAAAGUGAACAACAAGGCGUGUGCAUUGCCGAACCCUAUACCCACAAACAAACCCGGCGUUGAACCAAAGAGACCUCCGCGACCGGUGAACAUCACACCGCAGGUGAAGCUAUCUCCGACCGUCGCAAAUCACAUAGCCGUGUCCUGGUGCACAGAGUACAACCGCGGCUACGCAGCUGCCUGCUACCUGGUCCGCAAGCUGACGUCUGCACAACUGCUGCAAAGGCUGAAAACGAAAGGCGUAAAAGCGGCAGACUACACGCGAGCACUAAUCAAAGAAAAGCUGAAUGAGGAUGCUGACAGCGAAAUCGCUACAACGAUGCUGAAAGUAUCGUUGAUUUGUCCACUGGGAAAGAUGCGCAUGACCACUCCUUGUCGCUCGUCCACGUGUUCCCACUUACAGUGCUUUGAUGCGUCAUUAUACCUGCAGAUGAACGAGCGCAAACCUACAUGGAACUGUCCGGUUUGUGACAAGCCGGCCAUAUACAAUAAUUUAGUAAUUGACGGGUACUUCCAAGAGGUGCUGGUUUCGAACAAGCUGUCGAGCGAAGAUACAGAAAUACAGCUCCACAACGAUGGUUCGUGGAGUACGCGCGUGAAACAGAACGAUUCGGACGAUGGUUCGCCUAGCAAAGCUGUACAGAAGGUCGAAGUUAUAUCAGAUGACGUUGAAGUAAUAACGACGGAUCCACCGAAACCGAUCGUCUCACAGACUUCUGUCAUCUCGACCAACGAACCUACUUCCACUACUACCUCCAGUGAAACGGUGGAUUUAACACUGAGUGACUCUGAUGAAGAAGUUCCUUCGAAGCGAAAGAAAACCAGUAACCGCACAAAUGGAGCUGGAAGUUCGAGCAAUCCCACAUCGUCUGCGGCUGCUGCUACUGGUGGCACCGGAAACUCAUCGGCUAGCGCUGGAGCAGUAGUUACACGUUCGAAAAUUAAUGAAGAUCCUUCCUCAUCAGUAAUAUCGCUAGAUUCGCCAUCGCCACCGUCGACGCCUAAUCCAACGCACAAUGGAAGUAACGAUGUAUCUUCAACAACUACUCCUUCUUUGGCUGCAUACCACUACCAUCACCAGCAAGAAUCUCCCGGUGGAAACGGAGGAGGGGCAGGGUCAAGCGAACAAAUGAGCAAUUUCCAAAUCAAUCCGCUAGCGCUACAUCGAUAAGCCAUAAGAAUCCG